GUGCAACUUAUCAAUUAUGUGUGAUAAAGUAUAUAGACUCGGACCCCGGGUCUCACGACUAUUAGGCCCGGACAGCGGCCCACGUACGUUCAGUAGAUAGCAUUUAUCUCAUUGAACACUCUAUUUAUUCAUUUGUACCCAUUAGAAUAGAUUAAACAUCAUUUAUUAAUCAUUUAUUGAUCUUUUAAUGUAACUGGGUCUGCCAGGCCCAAGCCUGGAAGCUCAGCCCACUUUUCUCCUAUAAAUACUCCCUAUGGAGCCAUGUAAAGGGUUGGAAAUUCAUUAUAUAUAUCACUUUAUCUCUCUACCUCUCCUUUCUCUCUAGAUAAUUAAUCUAUCAAAUGUUGCUUUCAUUGAGAGCUAAAACAAAUCAAAUGAGAUCCUCCCGAACAAUAACAUGUCAUGUAAAUGGCAACACUUCGGUCAAACUGUACUUUGGCUCCAUUGGUGGAGAAACAACGCCUCAGCCAGACUUCACUCUCGUCCAAGAAAGCGGACACCCCAAAUUGUCCCUUGUCUAAAUGCAGCGACCUCUACCAACCUUUUGUUCAAAGGCCAGAGCCACUCGGCUAAACCACAGAAAUCAGGACGCCACCUCGGAUAAACAAACACACAUCCUCCAGCAAGGCCCCCACUUCGGCCAACACUCCGCGCUUCUGCCAAAAUUCAAAUCAGAGGAAAAACAGAGAGAGUUGCCACUAAGCUCCUUCGUCCCAGGUCACAUCGGUCACUCAGAAUCCGAAUCACUUCGGUCAAACAACGGACACCCAUGCAAUGGCGGCGCAUCGGCGGCCAAAUCGGCGGACCCUCGGCCAGAGAAGCAACCCCCUCUUCAUCCCGUCGUCCCUGGUUACCAUCGCCGGCCAAGUCGGCGGACCCUCGUCCACCCCGUCGUCCCUGGUCCCCAUCGGCCCCAAAUCACGGACCCGUCGCCCAACUCUUGGUCUCCCGGCCAGACAACGGUAAGACAGCCAAGGCAGCCGGUUUGAUUCCGACAGGGACGGCGGGAACUUACUCGUCCACAAGGGACUCCAGCGAGCAGCGACACAGGGAUUACUUCAGCCCCUCCUUGCGAGCACGGUCUUCCCUGCGGAUGAAAUUAACGAUUGAACGGUUCUUGGGCUGGCUAUUAACCUCAGUGACUUCAUUCCUAAACGGCAGGUCCAAUCAAUUAUCUUUGGGAAUUUUACACAAAGAGACUACAAAUGAAAGUAAUAUCACUUUUUUCACCUUUCAAAGUUUCUUUCAAAAAUGAACUAGAAAAGAUUUCCUUUUCAAUAAUAGACCAUGACCCCUAAGCUCACAUGUCA